CGAAAUUUAUGUCUGCACAUUCUGUUGCUGCUGACGGGUCAGGUUUUCAAUGUCGUCCUUGUUUGGACGAGGGCGAUAAAGAUACUAAUGUCCGAGUCCAAGAAGCUAAAAUCAAAGAGAUGAAGACGGUGUUUGGGAUGCAAGACCAACGAAAGAAUGGUACACGUACUGAUUUUUCUAAGAUUCGUCAGAAGUCACCUGAAUGUAAUUCCAGGCAGCAAACAAAACGAUGAAACUUUUCGCGAUGCCAUUUAUGAGGAGACAGCGCCGAAUGCAACGGUCUGGCAGACAUAUAUGCGCGAAAGCACCCAGACUGAUAUUCGCAUGGUGGGAGAAUGCAGAGAGAAUCUGGAUGUGCUUCUCGUUUUCGCUGGUCUUUUUUCCGCGGUCGUAACAACCUUUAUGGUACAAACUUACCAGAACUUGCAACCGGACUACACCCAGGCGUCAGCGAAACUACUGUUCGAGUUGGUCUCCAUACAACGCGCACUUGCAAAUGGGACUUCCCUUGAUAUGAUUCCGAUGUCGGCUUCCAAUCCUUCCGCCAAAUUUAUUCCUUCAAGUGGCAGUGUCUGGGUCAACGGACUGUGGCUCACCAGCCUUGUCCUCAGCCUUACUACUGCACUUAUAGCCGUACUCGUCAAACAAUGGCUUCACCACUAUACAGCCUUGCCUUCGGGAACCCCGCGCGAUCGCAAUCACAUUCGCCAAUUCCGCUACGCAGGAUUUCAAAAGUGGCAAGUCUUCGUUAUCGUCGGGCUCCUUCCGGUUAUUAUGCAUGUAGCCCUCGCCAUUUUCUUCCUAGGAUUAGUAGUUUUUUUAAUUCCCCUCCAAGUCUCUCUGUCUUGGAUCAUUGGUUCGAUCACCGUGUUCGUUUAUGCGGCUUAUCUGUCAUCGAUCGUUCUACCAAUAUUCUUUUCCCAAUGUCCCUACCGCACGCCUCUCUCCAAUGCCGCAUAUACUCUUUUCCAGAUCAUCUCCUACCUUCACACGUUCUCGUCCUCACAGAAGUGGCCGGAGACGUCGGCAGUGGCUCUGGGAGAAGCCGAAUCCGCUGCAGUGAAAGCUCAUGUAGACGAAAUCUCAGUAGAUGCGUUGCAUUGGCUGUUAACUGCAUCCUCAGAUUUCGACAUUCAAGAUAUGGUCAUACAGUCCAUCGCACUGCUGGGGUGUGCCGGUCUUUUGACCCGAAAACCAGCAUGCAAAAACCGGUACUAUUUUGGACGUGUCUUUGGCCCAGAAGAUUUGGUGUGAAAAGACCAUGACAAAUAUAGCGCACUUUGUACUUACUUUUUUGUAUCUGUAUUUCAACCGAAAAAGAGCAAAUGGAAAACAUGCGGUCUUUGGACA